AUGCAUCGAUUGUCAAAAAUUUCUGCCUCUUUCGCUUCGAAAAAAAAUGAUUGUAUUGAUGGUAGCGCUGACAAAAUAGGCAAACGUUUUUCUCGUCCAAAUAUAUUACAGUUUUCAUAUGAAGAAAAUACAGAUGGUAUCAACGAGAACGGUAAAUGUGAUGAAUGGUACGAAAUGGUGACUGCUGUUACGCCACCUAUGGAUGGAAUAGGUGAAAUUGAUCAGAAAAUGAACAAUGAAACCAAUGAUACGCUUAGAAAAACUGGUAUUGUUAUCAAUGGUCUGGAUCAAAUGGAUCUAGAGCCAGACGGUGCGGCUGAAAUUGAAGCUCUAGAACAGUCACUUACUGCAUUGGUGGAUGACUUCCGAUCAGGAAGAAUGUGUGCCUUGAGCGAGGAGAAGUUGAAAAUGAUGCGGAAAGCAAGAUCGGAAAUGGAAGAUUUGACUGCAUUCCAUGUCAAAUUGCACAAAAUGCAGGCUCCGGAUUUCUCUACUUUCAGUGCUGAUGGUCAACUUGAUGAAGAGUAUGAUUUGCUUUUCCGGAAACUUGACAAGCUGCAUCGUUUUCUAUAUGAUAUGUCUUUCCGUGCAAAUGAUGUAAACAAAGAAAGCAGGAUGACAAGUACUUUUGCGGAAGAACAAGACGCGGAAAUGGCAAAGAUUCCACUGUCGUUCGGCAAAAAUUUUGUUGAAGCGUAUUGUUGUUGUGAAUCGGGAGAACGAAAUUAA